UCAACCUUACGAACAUAAAUGCUGUUGUGCAUCCAAUAGGCCCUAAAAACAGCCCUUAUGUCCCUCCUCUCAACCUCUCAGGACAUGAUCCAGGCCCGGAGUGAGUCACAGACAAGCAUCCUUCCUGGCUUUCCCUUGCCUUUCCAGUGAUGGUCAAGAAUCAGGCUGUAGUCAUGAAAACAUGGGCUAGACUGACCCACCCCAUCAGUGCAUGCACAGCAGGCCAUGUACUACCUUAGUGGAACACAACCUGGAUCCAGUCCCCAGAAAUGGGUCAGGAAAUCACCAUGCUGAACACUGGAAUUUCUGUUCCACAUUAGGUUCUCCUGGGCCACUUUCUUAAUGUUCCACCCUAGCUCCAGCCUCAGAGUUGACUGACCCUCUGCAAAAACAGAAACCACCUGAACCAGCAUAAAGCAAAGCCAGGAUGGAGACCCAGUUAGCUAAAAAUAGCUGCCCAAAAAUGUGGGGAACCCAUAAACAUAUCUGGGGUCCCUCAAUGAGAAAUUUCCACGUGGCCAGGCCAGGCUGGGAUUUAUCCACCUUGACGCUGCAGCCUCCAGCCCACUUCCAUGUGCUUCAAGCUAAAGAAUGGCAGCCCCACCACUCACAUACCCAUCAAUCUCACAGCACUGCUUGUGCCCACUGAAGACUGUCCAUCCCUUCCUCUUGGGAAGGCUGCACUAUUGUCUGGACUUCUGUAGGAUGAGAGUUGGCUACAGAAGUCAGCUGUUUCAGAACAAAGCUAUAUUUCAUAAGCAACACAAUUCCUUUCAUGAAAGUGAGUAAUUUUUAUUGAAAAUUUCAUUCAUGAAAUUUUAAGUCCUUUCUUUCCCUUUAUUUAUUACUGUGUCUGGGUGUCAAGAAAUAGUGAUUCCCCAGGAGCUGGAGGAGCAGGCACCCUGAUCUCUGUCUUCCUCUGAGCUCCUCUGAGAAAGGAAGAUGGAGCUGGGGAUAGAGACUUUGGGGAGGAAAUGACUAACUGAUCACAUUAGUGAGCACCUGUACUGAUCACACUUGGCACCAAGACUCACAAUAGAGGGAACAGCUGCAGUGAAGACUCAAGAUAAAACUGGACUCUGGAGAUAAGGAUGUAGGGCCAGCAGCACAAGGCAGGUCUCUGAGGACAUUCUGCAAGGGCCCAUGAGGGAGCUGGGCUCUUUGGGUACCAAGUGUACUGCCAGCUUGCACAAUGGUCCUUGAUGCCCAGUCCUAGGGCCUUGGUGAUGCCCAGAGGGCAGCUGGGAAGAGGGGGCUCUGGGUGCAAGUCACUACAUGUGCUUCUGCAAUGAAUUGGGAGAGAAGGGAGAGGAAGAAAGGGAGGAGGGACGACCAAGGGUGCAAGGCAGCGAUGACUGCGUUUGGUUGAACCAUAGAUUCUGCUCCUGUUACUACCAUCUCUACCACCCUCCCUGCCUAUCUCACAGCCUGUUCCCAUUUUGUCUCCCUGUGCUUGUGAUCCCUGCUCAUCAUCUGGGUUCCAUGCCUCCUCCACCCUCUACCUCUGCCUUGGGCCCCAGGUCGCCCCUAGAACCCACAUGUGGCACCUGUCAGCCUCUCUGUCAUUAUCCUUUUGCCUCUCAUAGACAUUAAGUCUCAUGUGCUGUUUACCUACUCUGCUCUUAACCAUGUUAUACACUGGGAGCCAUCCCUUUGAACAGUCUCAUUCCCAUGACCCCAUGCACACCUCAUUGAAUCGCACACACCAUUUCCUGUGCAGUCACCUUGCACACCUGACACCUUGGAGCAUCAACCCCACACUUUGACUUCUCUGUGUAUUCAACACUCUCAUUCCUUGGACCCUCUUUCCCAUUUCUCCCUCUGCAUUACAUCGUGUCACACCCCCCCCCCAAAUCUCUUCCUGUGCACCACUGGCCCCUCCCUGGGCCCUCACAUCACCCUGCUCUGUUACAAACACACUGUCAUGCUCCUGCAUUUCCACAGGCAGUGAGGUUGAGCUGUGGGCAAAAGUCCGAUGCUUUCCAAGAGAAAUUCCAUCUUCUUAUUUUGCUUGUUUCCCAUUGAAUAUCCUUCUCAGAGGAUGUGCUGUUAUAAUUGUCUGCUAACUUAAAUGUUUCAUCAGCUCAGUGGCCUGAAGAUUUUGGGGAAAAGCACACUUUGGAAUAGGAAAACUUCUCAGGCAUCACAAAAUCCAGUAAGACAUGAGCAUGAGGCAGCCCCUCUUGUCGCAGACCCCAGCAGGAGCUACUGCCUCCCUGUGUGUCUGGUCUGUCUCCAGGCACCAGGAAAAUGAAGGAGACUCUCAGACACUGCCACAGUCCCUUGGCAGAUGGCAACUACAAACCUCUAAUUGGUUUUUGGCCACAAGGAACUGGGGAACAUUUUUCACAAAUAUCCUCACUGCCCCAGGCCUGUCCUCUGCUUGUAGGGACAGGUGAUAAGAUAAUGGCUGCUCUGAGGGGAGGUGACACCACACAUCAUGUCACACCAUUUCCCAAGGUCUCCAUCCCACCAACACAAGCACUGGUGCUGUGAACAUCACCCUGAGCCCUCGCUCUCCUUAUCAGAGGAAACAGGUGUUUGCCAUUGCAGCCUGAGACAGAGAGUCUGAAGCCAACUUUUGCAAGUCUGCAGCCAGGUAAGAGCUCCUUUUAGAAGGGGGUUUGCAUUUGGAACCCAGCCUGCUGGCAUGGCCCCCCAGGAAGCAGAUCUGUUUCUGUAGCCUGAGCAGAGCUUGUAGAGAGAUGUGAGCCUAACCUGACAGCAGCCUCCAAAAGCAGUUGUACCAUUUACUAUAAACCAAAGGACCCUUGUUGUGUUGCCCAUUUUCAUGUUUAAAUCUUAAUUUUUACAUGUUUCACACUGAAAACUUAAAUAAAUUUUGUUCUAUGGUUAAAAUAAGGUCAUAAGGAAACAGCCUUGCUCAUGUAAAAGCACAUUUCUGACAUUGGUUCAUAAACUUUUUUUCAAGUUAAUGUUUUCUUUAGUUUUUGAGAUAACAUUUUUAACUUACAUUAUGGUUCAAAGCAUAAUGCUGUACCACACAGAGUUCAGCAAAUGAAAAAUGUAAAGACCACAGUCCAGCAGGAAAGUAGGGAGGGGCCGUGCCCAGUCAUCCAGUGAGAAGAUGGCCCUAACUAUUCAUGAAACCCAUUGCUGCUAAGAUACAGGAGAUGUUUAGGCUUUCUUUCUAUUUAACAAUGCCAUUUACCAUCAAUGAAAUGGAGUAACAUAUGCUUUUGAGGAAAUUUAUAUUUUUAAAUAAAAUUGGUUGUAAGAAUAACAUUAGGUUUGACUACAAAAACAGGCUAUCCAAAUUAUCCUGAUGGGUGGGAUUAAAUUAAAUUAAUAUAAGAAGUUUAUUUUUAAUAGGUUUAAGGAUUUCAGUUCCACAUUAAAUUGUUGUUCAGUCUACCCUAUCAUAUUUACACUGUGUUUUCAGGAUACCUGAAUAUGCACUAUCUUUUCUUUAAAGAUUUAUUUAUUUAUUUGAGUAAGUGGCACCAAGAGAGAGUGAGAGAUAGAGAGUUAAGGAGAACUUCUAGUCAUUGGUUCACUCUCCAAAUGACCACAACAACUGGGCCAGGCCAAUGCUAGGAGCCUGGAACUCCUACCAGGUCUCCCAUGUGGGUGGCAGAAGCCCAAGCAUUUGGGCCAUUUUCCUCUGCUUUCUCAGGCACAGUAGCAAGGAGCUGAACCAGAGUUGGAGCAGCCAGGACUUGAACUGGUGCUCAGAGAGGAACCUGGCAUCGUAGGAGGUGGUUAACCUGCUGCACCUUGAAACCAACCCAUCAAAAGUGCACUCAGAGCACCAAGCUGGCAGCAGAGAUGUGAACCCCCAGGAACCACCUGGUGCUGUGCAGACCUGGAGUGUUCGGAAGGCACCUGCUGGGAGGAGAUGCACCCUGUGAUGCCGGGUGCUAGAAUUAUUUAAAGAGACAGUGGUUGUUUCCUUAUGAGAACAUCCAUGGUCUCCUGAUACUGGAGAGAGUGUUUCCCAUUUUCAUCUUAUGCAGUGGGCACAUGAGGAAGUGGUAACACUACACACGGGAUUGCAGAUAGCAGCUCUCAGGCACAAAAUUUCCUCUCCUAAAGUCUCUGAUCUUAAUAUAUUUCACUCAAUUUCCAAAUUUACAAUUUCAACUUAUAAAAUAUGCAAAUUUUAACAUCUUACAUAUUCUCUUUACUAUCUUACAUAUUCUCUUUACUGGAUAGCUUAUAAUUUAGUAUGUUUUUGAAAUCUCCCCUGAGUUCUACUGAUUUUACAUGUGACAAGUAUUAAUCCAUGUAAGUACACGAUCUGAAAAUAGUAACAUUUAGCUUGUACUCUACACUCUUUCAUCAUAUACUGGCAUUUCAUAUCACAUAGUUUAGGGUGAAGCAAAGUGUUCUGUGAUUCCUGUGAGAGGUGAAAAUUCUAUUUGGACAUAAAAAAAAUCCUUGUCACUGGCACUGUGGCAUGGUGGGUUAAGCUGCCUUCUGCUGCACCAAAAUCCCAUAUGGGUCCUGGCUGGAUUCAUGUUUGCUCCACUUCCAAUCCAGCUCCCAGCUAAUGUACCUGGGAAAGCAGCAGAGGAUGGCACAAAUGCUUGGGCCUCUGCAGCCAUGUGGGAGACCUAGAAGAAACUCCUGGCUCCUGGCUUUGCCCUGGCCUAGCUUCAGCUGUUAAACCAUGCAGAGGGUAAACCAGUGGAUGGAAUCUUCCUCUCUCACUUUUUUUUUCUCUCUCUCUCUCAUUCUAACUUUCAAAUAAUAAAGUAAAUAGAUCUUGCAAAAAAAAAAAAAGAAAUCCUUGUCAAAGCCCAUCUCAAUAAACAAGCAAUUAUGCAUUCUUAAAAAGAAUUUUAAAUGGAAUGGGUCCCUACAGAAUUAUUUCAUAAUUCUAAAUCUGAAUGUUAAGAUAUCUAAAUCUUAUUCAUAGCUGGUAUUAACUUACAGCUUCAGUCCUUAUACAGUCAUGUAGACAUGUAGACUUACAGACAAAGUAAUAAAAUCAGCUGUUUAAGAUAAAAUCACCAGGUAUGAGAAUGACUAAAUAGACACUGCAUUAUGUGAAGAACACAGCCAACAGGUCUGUGACAUCACCAUCGAGUGCACUGCUUUGAUCAGCCUGCUAAUUCCAAGCCCCUUCUUGAGCCACACAUGUUGUUCAGAUUAGACACAUCAUCUACUCUCCCUACUUAGCUUCUCUGUAUCUUUUCAAGUAAAACAAGAAUACUGUGUGGUCCCUGCCUCAUAUUCUCUUGCAGGAUUCUCUCUCACUCAGAAGAUGAGCAGCAGAGGCUGGGAACUGACAGCAUGGCCUCGAGGGACCUGGCCACAGCAAUGGUCUUUCUAGUACAGACGCUGGCUGGGAUUCUGGGGAAUUCCUCUCUUCUUCUCCAUUAUCUCAUCCUUUAUUUCACAGGAUGCAAGUUUAGGCUCACAGAUCUGAUUCUCAAACACCUGACUGUAGCCAAUGCCUUGGUCAUUCUCUCAAAAGGAGUCCCCCAAACCAUGGCAGCUUUGGGGAUGAAGCAUUUCCUCGAUGAUACUGGGUGCAAACUUGUGUUCUAUGUGCACAGAGUGAGCAGGGAUGUGUCCAUUGGCAGCACCUGCCUCCUGAGUGUCUUCCAGGCCAUCACCAUCAGUCCUACCUGCUCCAGGUGGAUGGGGCUUAAAGUAAAAGCUCCCAAGUAUGUUGCCUCCUCCACUAUUCUCUGCUGGAUUCUGAACAUGAUGCUUAAUGUCAUGGUACUUGUGCGUGUCACCGGCAAAUGGCAAAACAAUAAUAUCACAAGGAUAAAGGAUUAUGACUACUGUUCUGCUAUGCCUCAUGGGAAAAUCACUGACUCAUUGUACAUAGCACUGAUGUUAUUCCGUGAUGUUGUGUUUGUAGGGCUCAUGCUCUGGGCCAGCAGCUUCAUGGUUUUCAUCCUGUACAGGCACAAGCAGCAGGUGCAAUACAUACAUGCUCUCUCCCACAGAUCUUCGCCAGGAUCCAGGGCCACACAAAGCAUCCUUGUCUUGGUGAGCACCUUCGUACUGCUGUGCAGCCUGUCCUCCAUUCUACAAUUUUCUUUAGUGUUUUUCAGUAUUCACAAAAUGUGGCUGGUGAAAGCCUCCACACUGAUAGCUGGGUGUUUCCCUGCCAUCAGCCCCUACAUUCUCAUGAGUUAUGACUCCAGGGUACCCACACACUGCCUUCCCUUGAUCAUAGCAGCAAAGUCCUCUGUGCUCUGAGAAGUAAACUCUAUGGAUAUUUGAAGUGGCUGACUGCAUACUUUUCAGUCCUCCUCAGACACAAAAUUCAUUUCAAGAAGGAGUCAUCUUACAAGAACCUGGCCUAUGAUACAGUUGAGUUCUGCUUG